AAAACGUCAUAUUACACUAAUUAAUAGAACGUUUGCUGCAGUGAAUGUGUGAAUGGUGUAUUGACGAUGGCAAAUGUCUUCCUGAAGCAGCUUCCUUCGUUCAACGAGCAAAACUUUUCGAAGUUCAAGGGAAAUUCGUCAAUAAAAAACUCGCAUUACAGGCCAACAGUUUAUGUACCUACCAAAGACUCGACUGAUCAAGCUGUUAUUGUGACAGAUAAGGCUAACAUAUUACUACGAAGUUUACAUCAGCAAUUAGAAAAUAAGCUGCAAAGAAAACGUGAUUCCACUAGAGACAGGUCGCCUGCAUCUGACUACAAACCAUCACCAAAAGUAGCUCGAAGAAUGGAUGUUGCCGAAUAACUGCUGAAAACAGUGGUGGGUCCAAGGAUUGGCAAAAUAAAUUAUAGCCACAAAAUACAUUAUAUAAAAAAUGAUAAUUUAAGUUGAAAAUAUCUUUGUAUGAAUGGCACUGGUUAUGAAUUUCCGAGGAUAAAAUCUCCCCAAUCAAUGAGCUGUAAUUUAUCUUGCCCUACACUGGAUUUGCCACUGGCUCAAUGGUGGACACAGAAAGAUUUACCCAAUGUUUUUCUGUAAAAUAUAUAAAUAAUUUGGGAAAGUAAAUGUAAAAUAACUUAUUUAAUAAGCAUUUUAUUCUUCAGCAGUUCGCAAGUGAUCUGCUUCGUCUGACGAUAAAUUUAAAUUACUAUGUAAAGUUUUGAUGUAAAAUAUACUAAAUUUUAUCAAA